UGUCACCGUGGACCGCGGCAGCGGCGGCGGCGGCAGCGGUGGCUGUGACGGCGGCACAGCGCCGGUAGUGGAGCCGCCGAGGAGGGUCACGCAGCACAAUGCCAGCUCUGCCCUUGGACCAACUCCAGAUCACCCACACGGACCUGAAGACAGGAAAACUGAGGACUUCACCAGCGCUGCACCCCGAGCAGAAGGCAGACCGGUAUUUUGUGUUAUACAAACCGCCCCCUAAAGACAACAUUCCCGCCCUAGUGGAGGAGUACCUGGAACGCGCCACCUUCGUAGCCAAUGACCUCGACUGGCUCCUGGCCUUGCCUCACGAUAAAUUCUGGUGCCAGGUUAUCUUCGAUGAAACCCUGCAGAAGUGCCUGGACUCCUAUCUGCGCUAUGUACCCCGAAAGUUCGAUGAGUGGGUGGCCCCGGCCCCUGAGGUUGUUGACAUGCAGAAGCGCCUCCAUCGAAGUGUUUUCCUCACUUUCCUCCGCAUGUCCACUCACAAGGAAUCCAAAGAUCACUUCAUUUCCCCCUCUGCGUUUGGAGAAAUCCUCUACAAUAACUUCCUGUUUGACAUCCCAAAGAUCCUGGACCUCUGCGUGCUCUUUGGAAAAGGCAACUCGCCUUUGCUCCAGAAGAUGAUAGGAAACAUCUUUACCCAGCAGCCAAGUUACUAUAAUGACCUGGAUGAAACCAUGCCCACCAUCCUUCAGGUUUUCAGCAAUAUCCUCCAGCACUGUGGUUUGCAAGGGGACGGGGCCAGUGCCACACCCCAGAAACUCGAGGAGAGGGGCCGGUUGACCCCCAGCGACAUGCCUCUCUUGGAAUUAAAAGACAUUGUUCUCUACCUUUGUGAUACCUGCACUACGCUCUGGGCAUUUCUGGAUAUCUUCCCCUUGGCUUGCCAAACCUUCCAGAAACACGACUUCUGUUACAGACUAGCUUCCUUUUAUGAAAUCGCAAUUCCUGAACUGGAGUCUGCAAUGAAGAAGAGGAGGCUUGAAGAUAGCAAGCUGCUAGGUGACCUGUGGCAGAGGCUGUCCCAUUCCAGGAAGAAGCUACUGGAGAUUUUUCACAUCCUCAUAAACCAGAUCUGCCUUCUCCCUGUCCUGGAAAGCAGCUGUGACAACAUUCAGGGCUUCAUUGAAGAGUUCCUUCAGAUCUUCAGCUCCUUACUGCAGGAGAAGAGGUUCCUCCGGGACUACGACACACUCUUCCCUGUGGCCGAUGAUGUCAGCUUGCUACAGCAGGCCUCCGCAGUCUUGUAUCCUUCCACAGCCACUGGGACAGGACCUGCCCUGACCAGGUUGGAGAUGGGCUGGGACGAGACACGGACUGCCUACAUCCUCCAGGCGGUCGAGAGUGCGUGGGAAGGGGUGGACCGACGGAAAGCCACAGAUGCUAAAGACCCACCGGUGGCCGAGGAUCCUAAUGGGGUCAUUGUGUUGGCGGAGCCAGUCGGUGGACCAUCCUCACAUCCAGAAAACUCAGAGGAAGAGGAGUGCAUGGGGGCGGCGGCCGCCCUGGGCCCCCCCGUGUGUGGCGUGGAGCUGGACUCGCUCAUCUCCCAAGUGAAGGACCUGCUGCCAGACCUCGGAGAGGGCUUCAUCCUGGCCUGCCUGGAGCACUACACCUAUAACCCGGAGCAGGUGAUCAACAACAUCCUGGAGGAGCGGCUGGCCCCGGCCCUCAGCCAGCUGGACCGCAGCCUAGACAGGCAGGUGAAGCCAGACCCGACACCCCUGCUGACGUCUCGUCACAAUGUCUUCCAGAAUGAUGAGUUUGAUGUGUUUAGCAGAGAUUCAGUGGACCUGAGCCGGGUGCACAAGGGCAGGAGGAAGGAGGAGAACACACGGAGCCUGCUGAACGACAAGCGGGACGUGGUCGCGCAGCGGCAGCGCUAUGAGCAGUACAGCGUGGUGGUGGAGGAGGUGCCCCUGCAGCCUGGCGAGGGCCUGUCCUACCGAGGUGACGACUACGAGGACGAGUACGAUGACACAUACGAUGGCAACCAGGUGGGCGCCAACGAUGCCGACUCGGAUGACGAGCUCAUCAGCCGCAGGCCCUUCACCAUCCCUCAGGUGCUGAGAACCAAAGUGCCCGGAGAAGGGCAGGAAGAGGACGAGGAGGAGGAAGAGGAGGCUGAAGAAGAGGCUCCUAAGCCUGACCAUUUUGUGCAGGACCCUGCAGUGCUGCGGGAGAAGGCAGAAGCCAGACGGAUGGCCUUCCUCACCAGGAAGGGGUACCGGCACGACAGCUCGACGGUAGUGGCCGGCAGCCCCCGGGGCCACGGGCAGAGCCGUGAGACAACCCAGGAACGCAGGAAGAAGGAAGCCAACAAGGCGACGCGAGCCAACCACAACCGGAGAACCAUGGCUGACCGCAAAAGAAGCAAAGGCAUGAUUCCAUCCUGAGGCCGCCCUGUCAGGGCCAGCCGGGAGGCAGCAGCACCAGACCUGCCAGGCUGAGUUACCAUAGCCUUGGGUCUCCUCACCAGUUGGCCUCCUGCCAGGGCCCCAAGUUCAACUCCACCCCUCAACAGCCUCAGCUUCGCAGCCCCUGAGAAGGCCGCCUCGUCGUCCACCAGCCAGCCGUGAGCACCUUCUUGCAGAACACACAGUGCCUUAUCCCACAAUGGAGGAACCCCUGGGGCCAGCGAGCAGGCAAAAGGGAUGGGGACGGAGCCCCAAGGCAAGCCCCACAAACCUCAUGCAGCAAGACACCACUUCUCUUGGUGGUUUCCUUCCUGGACGGCAGGAAACCUGUAAAUUCCAAAACAAAAACAGAAAAGGCCUGCAAAUAAAGUUUUUGACCCUUUCAAGCAAUGAUCCAUGAUGUACCCCUGGCCUGCUCCCCCUGUACCCCAUUCUUCAGUGACAGCCACCAUCGGGAGAGCGAGAGAGCAGGAUGAUCACCUGCUCUGCUCAUCAGCCCUACGUGCUUGCCUCUCAUUUUAACCCCUCCUGAUGUUGCCCUGCUUUGCUGUGUGGCCCUGAGCACAUUACUCCCUCCUCUGAACCUCUAGUCCCUGCUUGUAGAAGGAAGAGAUGAGGUUGUGAGGCCCUCUGGUCCUUUCCGUGUUCUCGUUCAGUCCCUACAACCUCCACCCUAGGAGGUAGGGAGUAUUUCCGGCCCUGUGGUGUAGGUGAGCCACUGAGAGCUGGAGGUGCCUGCCCAGGCUACAGGCAGGAAGUGGGAGAACAAGGAUUUGACCCUCAGUCGGACCCCUGGCCUUUAUAGCAUCCUAGAUGGCGGGGUCAUUGCCAUCUCACAGCGGACCUGAGGACACUUGUCCCAUAGCAGAGCCAGUACCAGAGCUCGGCGCCUACUGGUUGCAUGUACCCUCCAUCAGAUCCUGCAGAGUCAAGGAGUCGGAGACCAGAAGACACCAGUGAGGAUGUCCCUACCAAGCCCCGUUGAAGGACUUGGGUCCAGUUCCUCAAAACCUCCUCCUGGGCAUGGCCGGUUGGUUCAGCUGUGGCAGCAGCUGCCAGGCAGCCUGAUUCCUGGGCCCCCGAGAAUGUUGCUGAUCAACAGAGGAUCGGCCGUGGGGUGUUUGCUGGCCUGAUCCUGCCCAGCCUGGCCUGGAGGCCAUCCACGGGAGCCAGGGCCCCUGCCCAGCUGGACCUUGACAAAUCACCCUAGAUGCUUGUGUAAUUUAUUUGCAUGUGGUUAGGAUGAGCGUCUGGAGCAGCGAGCAGACAGGCCCUUGACGAAUUGGUUUUGUUAGGUCAGCCACACAAGCGAAAAUCAAUAGCAAUUCCUCUGAGUCACGCCAGUUCUCUUGGUGCAUUUGAGAUGCAGAGCAGAUAGGAGAGUGGUGUCUUCUCCUCGAGCUGCUGAAUUAGCUGAGAUCGGGCUCGGGGUCAGCCACUCUGGCAGGCAGCAGGAAGACUCUGCUUCCUCCUCGAGGCAUUUGCCAGGAACCAUACAGGCGAGGGUCAUUUCUUUUCUCUCUCCCUGAGCUCCUCAGACCCAGCUCUUGGCCCUGGAGCAAGGUGAGGUGAGUUAGGGGAGCUCUGGCCUUUACCUACCUUACCUGUUACUGUUCACACAGCCCCUCUCACCUUCAUUCUGUCAUACAUGCCUCCUGACCGCUGGGAGCAGUGUUCAGGCCUCACCUUGGCAUUCUGGUUUAAAGGAUUGGAGAAGACAGCGAUUUUUCAAACUUUCCAGAAUGUACUGCCAGGUCAAACUUGAUCUCCCUUGAGGAACUAUGUUCUUCCUCAUUUCAGAUCUUGAGGGCACCCCUUCAAGGAUGUUUGCAAACACCUCACUCAGGAGUCAUCCAGAGCAGUGCUUUACCUUCACCUCUCAGGGCCUCAGUUUUCCCAUCUGCAAAGUGGGUACGUUGGGCCAGGUGAAUGGUUUCCACCUGGUGCCAAUCCAAUCCUCCGAGGAGGCCCCAAGGUUUAAGAUGGGCAAUGGCAGAAAUGUUACAAGUGAAGUGGGUGGGAGCCCUGAACCCUGCUCACUUGAUCACUGGGCCCCGCCACCCCACCACUGCUCCUAAGCAGGAAUUUCUAAGUGCCUUCUCUGCACCCUAUUAGAGAACACGACUAUCACAGGCAUUUCCCGGGAAGCUUUUAUGACCCAGUACCUCCAAGAGGACUUAGGACUUUGAAUGUCAUUGUUUCUAGCUCAUGAGUGGCAAUGGUAGCAGACGGGUCUGUCUGAACAGUGCUACCGUGCCUCUGUGAGGUGGGGAGGGCAGGGCAGAGCCUGUCAUGGAUAAAAUGGGACCCGGGAGCCCAGGGAGGCAAGUUAGCAGCAGAGCCUGGACGCAGGUCCUUUCUUAGCUCCAGGUGCACUCUGGAAAAGUAAGCAAUUAGCAGGAAACUGCCUGUCCCUGUCACACCGGGAGCUUGGGCUAAAUAAUGCAGGGAGGGAGACCAACAAAACCACAAACAAAAGUCAACCCACCAAAAAUGCAGGGGGUGGUUGUGGAGCCCCCUUCUUUAAAAUGAUGUCAGUGAACACUUGGUAGCAAUGUGAGAAACGAAAUAUUGAAGAAUCAGUUUGUUGUUCUUGUUGUUUUUUAAGAGAAUAAAUUGGAUGGUAAUGCUCCAUGAUUGUGAAAAUAUUUUUGAAAAAUUUGCGUACAGACCAAGUCUGGAAAGGAAUGUGCAUAAACGAAAAUGACAGUAAGACCGUGAUAUUUGUAAUGAGAAUUAAA